AAAUACGGAAAAUACUUUUGUGUUUUGGUUUGGCUCCUAAGGCGGCCAACAAAACUGGAGGCAUCUCUAGUUGGCAAUUUCGCAGCGUCGAGUCGAGAGAGAUUCGAGCGCAAUAAUUUUCCGGAGAAAAACGUGGCAAAAAAGCGAUAAAGUAUCUUCGAAUCAUUUUCCGUCGGCAAAUGAGUUUUGGCCAUUGCGAAAAAUUAGCAUAAACAGAGUGUCCGACUGAUUUUAGCCAAAUGUGCGGCUGACACGGCCAAUGGAUCUGAGUCCCAUCCCGCCCCCCUCCGCGUCUUCACCCCCCUCCGGCCGUAUCGAGCGAACAUGUGCCCCAUAACUCCCUUCGAGCUACUGUCCACGAUUAUCCUCGAAAAGCGAAAAUUACGGCCGUCUACUAAGCGGAAAAAGUAUCGCAAAUAG